AUGGUCGCAUAUUCGUCUUUCAUUACCUUUGGAAUUCUUGCUGUUGCACAGUUGGCCGCUGGUCAUGGUGCCAUCAUUGCUGCCACUGGUGACGCUGGAGGAAAGGGUAGCGCACUGGGAAUCGACCCUUCCACUCCUCGAGACGGAACGCGAAGACGUCCCUUCCAACAAGACACUACACGCUUCGCCGGUGACGCUGCGGACACCUUCGGGGAAACUCUCGAAGGCGGUGACAAUGAUCCAGAGAGUGGCACCAGUGCUGUCCUGGCGCAAAACGGUGGCACUCUUCCACAGAUCAGCGCAGGCGGACAAGUCCAGAUGACCUUGCACCAGGUCAAUGCUGACGGAGCCGGCCCGUACACUUGCAUGAUCAACGCCGACGCCACUGGUACUACAUGGACGAAGAUGACUGUUAGCCAAAAUGUUCCAGGCGUGCGAGGUAAUGACGCAAAAGGAGCCAAGACUGAUUUUCCUCUCACUGCUGAAGUCCCCGCUGGGCAGACUUGCACCGGCACCGUGGCCGGCCAAGAUAAUGUCUGCAUGGUCCGUUGCCAGAAUCAGGCUCGAGCAGGCCCAUUCGGUGGCGUCGUUCCCGUGCAGCUGGCUAGCACGGCUGCUGCUGACACCAACACGACGACCGCCACCAAUACUAGCACAGGGACCAAUAACACAGCCUCGACGGCGACCACCGGGACUGCAGAAGAGGUCGCCGAUAGCGAUGGGGAAACAGACGACAGCACGCCAGCCGAGAAAGCCGCCGCUUUUGCAGCGGAUUCACAGAAGAAAAAGAGAGCCGCGAAACGCUCUUCGCGCAUCGAGCGUCGCUCUGCCGCUGCACUCUCCUACAGACACGGCGUCAAACUUUGGGCAUGA